AUGGGUAGUUGCACGGUCAAAACCUCAAACAGGAAAGCUGGAAACCCCACUAUGCCUUUUUGUUUCCCACCCUACAAAGCUAGGAUUUUCUGCUACAUGCUGAUAAAGAAGCCAAACAUGCCACUAUACUUAGGAAGAAAAAAAAUCAAGUGCAGACGCGAGAUUACUCGAACACCUUAUUUUUUGAUGACAAGGGAACCUGCAGCCGCUGCCCUUCGGGUGCGCACAGGUAGUUCUAGAAGAACAGUCAAGAGCAAUACUGGAAAAGGUACCACAAAGAGAAGCUUCAGUUGCAUACUCCUCGCGGUUGAUAGAUAAAUAGAAAAAUAGGAGAAACUUUUGGCAGACACAUUUUUGUUCCUGAGCUCUCACUAAUUACAUCAAUGUACGUUUUGUCGGAUUGUCAAUCUUCGGUGCGCUUGUUUAUGAACUCACAUUCGAGUUUUCUUAUGGUAUCAAUUGCUUCUUCUAAGAUGCUAUGAGGUAGUCUACUUUGAUAUGUAAAUGAAUGACCAGAGUGUUCUGCUAAACCAUAAUUUGAUAUUGUUAUCUUA